AAGUUAUCUGGACUCAAGAGGGUCACAGCACUCUCCUGAAAACUGCAGCUUCCUUCUCAUCUUGAAGAAUAGUCCUAGAACUUACAAAAUGUGUGAUGCUUUUGUAGGUACCUGGAAACUUGUCUCCAGUGAAAACUUUGAUGAUUAUAUGAAAGAAGUAGGAGUGGGCUUUGCCACCAGGAAAGUGGCAGGCAUGGCCAAACCUAACAUGAUCAUCAGUGUGAAUGGGGAUGUGAUCACCAUUAAAUCUGAAAGUACCUUUAAAAAUACUGAGAUUUCCUUCAAACUGGGCCAGGAAUUUGACGAAGUCACCGCAGAUGACAGGAAAGUCAAGAGCACCAUAACCUUAGAUGGAGGUGUCCUGGUACAUGUGCAGAAAUGGGAUGGAAAAUCAACCACCAUAAAGAGAAAACGAGAGGAUGACAAACUGGUGAUCGAAUGCAUCAUGAAAGGCGUCACUUCCACCAGAGUUUAUGAGAGAGCAUAAGCCAAGAGGCGUUGACCUGGACUGAAGUUUGCAUUGAACUCUACAACAUUCUGUUGGAUAUAUUGUUCAAAAAGAUGUUGUUGUUUUCCAUGAUUUAGCAAGCAACUAAUUUGCUCCCAAGCUGAUUUUAUUCAAUAUGGUUAUGUUAGUUAAAUAAACUUUUUUUAGAUUUAGAA